AAGAAGAAAAUUAGAACUCCCAAGGAAACUUGGCCGGUACAUGUGGGUAUGGCAGGCAGGUAUGUCAACGAGGCCGCCACAAUCCUUUCCCUGAGCAUUUUGCAAAGAUUCAACUGCGAAGUGAUUUUUGCUCAGGACAGUGUGGAGUCGGAACGGCCACUCAAAGUAUGCGCCGAGGCUGGCAGGAAAUGUGUGCGGAAUAUCCACCAAUAUCCUGUCCUGUCUGCAGAGUGGAUUGCUUUGGUAGAUUCAUUGAAACAGCUUUCAAGACUUGUGCAACUUGAAGGGAGAAUGCCUGCAAAUCCAAAGGUUUUGGAGGCCCGAGGACGAGACAGGGAGUCGGAGGGCACUUUGUGGGACCAGGAGGCGCACGAAAAUGCAAUUCGCAUUUUGGUGGAGGAAGCCAAGGUAAACUUGUGCCUCAGGAUGAUGUUCGACUUCAAGAAAUGGCAGUACAACUCUGCCGAGAAGCAGGCUGUGAUCGAAGAAGCAAUGAAGGCCUACGAAUCAACAGAGGUGCAGCUAGAGCAAAAAUGUAUCCAAUUCGAGGACUGCUUGGGAACUCUUCUUCGGAAAGCUUUCAUGCAUGUCGAAACCUUGCAGUUGAUGGACAUACCUUUGCUCAUAGAGCAUUGCGCCUUCAUUCUUCAAGCUUGCUUCAACCUGGCUGAAAGCCCUGGCGAUGCCAGACUGCAGGAGACGGUGGUGUUGUACUACUUCAGCUCCUUGAUGAAGCAUGCGGAGGCAUUGAACAAUUCAGAACUGUUGGCGCGAAGCCGUGAACUGCAGUUGGUAGAGCUCGCAGUCGGCCACUACUUGCGCUUUGCCGAUCAGUUCCCUGAUGAGCUGAAACACAGUCUUGCUGAAGGUCUAGCAGCCAUGGCCGACAAUGAAGACUUCCAGACAGAAUGGGAAACCUUCUUUUUGAGUGAUGAUGCAAAAUUGACCUUCCUCGCAUUGGAAGAGAAACUAACUGCUCCAAUCCUGGAGGAACAGCCAGGUAAAAGGCGCGAGAUCAGACCGUUGUUGGACUUCUACAACACCAUCAAGCGCUCUAUGCUGGGUGCUCAGAUGCAAAAUCUGCAUGGGUUUGCCCCUCCGUACAUGACUUUGGCUUCCCCUAGAAGUUGA